ACACCCCCCCCAUCUGGCUUUGUCCCCCCAGUUUUGCCCCUAGUAAGAGGGAACCCUCUGCCCCCUGAUGCCACCAGUCCCUUCCAGUACGAUUGGCACCGCCUGCGUGUGGCCGGGCUCGUGGUGGCCGCUGUCCUGUGCGUGGUUGGCAUCAUCGUCCUCCUCAGUGGGAAGUGCAAGUGUGGGAGCAAAGCCAGACGCCGUUAUCCUCCCCCGGAAUCCUCCCACCUCAUUGCUCCUGGAGCCACCAGCACGUGUUGAAGUGACCCCAAGUGUCCCCAGUGGAGAUGGGGGAUGGGGGGGGGGGUAUUUUGGGGUGAAUCUCUCCGAAAGCAGCAAGAAAUGGGACACUGAAUAAAAAAUGAUGGUUUAAAAGGGAA